AGCCAAUCAGCGAAGGGGGUUUUAAUCGUUGCCAGUGACCAAUGUAUACAAUUUAGCAACCAGGAACUGUCGGGGUCACGACGUAAAGUAUUUCAGAAAAAAUGCUUUCUAUCCGUGCACACAGACACCAAACACGAAAUUCGAGCCGGAUUCAUGUCGAGUAAUCAUACAACCCCGGUGGUUAUCGUCAUAUGUCGUCAUGUAUCUCGGGGACGGGAUGCUGUUCGUACUAGACAAAGGAAAACCCAGGUUGGUUGUGCUCAGUCAAGAUGUUGAGAGGAAUCCAGGAAAGCAACCCUUAAGGCCCCGCGUGGGCAGCAUCCUGGGCUCCAGACAGCCGCCCUGCACGGUCAAGGAGACGCCCUCACGUCCUACCAGGCAGCGCACGGUCCAGCCCACUGCGGGUGUUAAGAACAAGAUCGGAGAAGGAGCUUCCACCGUUAAGUCCAGUGCAGCAGUUGAGCGAGGGCGAGCCGGUCAGACAGCACGGGAGCCUAACACAGCAGGGGGCGGAGCCAAAGCUUCACCAAAGGUGAAGUCAGACAGGCACAAAUGCAGCUCGUCCACAGGACCCCUGACAGCCAGCGGUACCACCUGGAGGACGCAAGGCGGCUUUAAGGCAGGACCGAAGCACUCGCAGGCUGCUGACGACGAAAGACCGAGAGACGCCGUGGCGUGUCUGAACAACAACAAGCAUGCGCGACUGAACGGCAUCCAAACCUCCAGCCACGACCAACACACUGAAGAGGAGCACAAGGUCCUCGGCCGUGACGGACGUCAAGGAGGACAAGAGAUAGGCGAGGACAGAGUAGGACAGGAUGGAACAAAGGGAGAAGAUGCAACUUUAAUAUCACCACCAUGUGACAACAGGUCCAACGGAGUUCUGUUCAGCGAGCUGGAGAAGCCCGAGGUCCACACCAAAGCAUCUGUGGAAGCAAAGAAGACUCAGAGGAGGCACGGACCAAAUGAACAGGUGGCCCUGACGCAGCAGCAACCUUUGACCUCAGUCAGGCUGCAGUCGAAGGAGAACAUAGGAAGUGUUGAGAUGGUUGGUCGCCACAGAGAGCAGCCUUUAGCCAUCAGGUCCAGCCUCCAACUCGGGGCGGUGACUCCCAUGGAGGAUGGCCUGAUGGUUGAGAGGAGAGAAGAGCAGAGGAAGCGCUGGCUGGAGGAGCUGGACCAACAGAGGGAGGAGACCAGCCAGCGCAAGAGACAAGAGAAGCUGCUGCGAAAUCAGAAUGAAGAUCACAACCUCUGGGAAGCACACUUUGACUCAAUGCAGAGCAAACCCUCUACAGCCACGCCCCCUGCCCCCAUCGGUGUUUCCAAGCAAAGGGAAAAGGAGCCCUCGUCCAGCUUGUCUUCGGCGGGGGACGCCUCAAGCAGCUGCGGUGCACACAAUGUAGGCCGAGUCAGUGUGGACCCCAGUAGCAAGAUCCCGACCAAAAGCAGCUAUCUGAGGAGCAUGACGGCCCUGCUGGACCCAGUCCAGAUAGAGGAGAGGGAGAAGAAGAGGCUCAAACAGCUGGAGCAGCAAAAAGCAAUAGAGGCCCAGCUGGAGGAGCGUCGCCAGCAGAGAGCGCUAGAGGAGGGCAGGAGGAAGGCUGAGGAGCAGCAGGACGAGAAGCGAGUGAUGACGGAGUGGAACAUGCUGCACACAAAGUAUCAGGAGGACACAAACCAGGAGCAGCAAAAGAAGCUUGGUGGUGAUGGAGUGAAGCUCAGUGUUUUUUCCCAAGAUGACAGAUUGGAGGAGAAGAAAGACAGAGCCGCACAGACAAACCAAGGCGGUGUGGACCCCAGUAGCAGAAUCCCUACCAAAAGCAGCUAUCUGAGGAGCAUGACGGCCCUGCUGGACCCAGUCCAGAUAGAGGAGAGGGAGAAGAAGAGGUUCAAACAGCUGGAGCAGCAAAAAGCAAUAGAGGCCCAGCUGGAGGAGCGUCGCCAGCAGAGAGCGCUAGAGGAGGGCAGGAGGAAGGCUGAGGAGCAGCAGGACGAGAAGCGAGUGAUGACGGAGUGGAACAUGCUGCACACAAAGUAUCAGGAGGACACAAACCAGGAGCAGCCAAAGAGGCACGAGGAAGGAGCGAAUGAGUCAUCGGCGCUCAGUGAUGGCAGAUUGGAGGAGAAGAAAGAAGCCGUUGUACGGACAGAAGCACCUUCUCCUCUCAGAGAAGACCGUGUUCACACUGCAUCAAACUGCAAGAAGCAAGGAGGCGGCGGCCAUGACAAAAUGCGUGUGCCCGAAGGAGGAGGCAAAGAUCCAUAUGAAGAUUUUGCUCAGACAGACAGGAAGAAGAAGGAGAAGAAGAGAAGGCCUCAGUGGAACACGCACAGGCCCAGCCAGCCUUUUGUUCCUGCCUCAGAGCGCUACCCGGUCCCGCUGCAAAGGAGCCGCCAGGAGAGUCGACUGCGGAGGCAGGAGGAGCUUCUCACUCAGCAGGAGAGGAACUGUCUGUCCAGGAAUGGGCCUCCUGCACCUCCUCCCCCUCACCAGCAGGGGACCCAUCCCUCUUCCAAGGCGUCCCAGUCUAAAAGCAGCAAAGUGAGCCAAGCGCAGUCCAGCAGUCGGAUCGUCUCCGCGGUGACCAGCACUGAGAAGGGGCGCUCCUCUCCCGCCACGCCGCACUCUCAGCCGCCUAUCCUCGACUUCAUCCCGUACGUUCGCACCGACGAAGUCAUCAACCCCGACCCGGCCGACGCACACGCUCCACACACGGGUCCUCCUCCGUCCGACGCUUCCCACGGAGACCACCGAAAAACACAGCGACAGCAGGAGAUCCUGAGGGGACUGGCUCAGCUGCGCCAGGGUUUGCUCCAGAAGCAGAGGGAGUUGGAGACGGACUUGAGGCGCCAUGACGACCAGCACCUGUUGCCCUCGACGACACAGCGACAAGAUGAACACUAGUUGGCUCCCACUGAAGACAACACAUCAAGGAGUGUGUUGUGUGCCCAACUUGUCACUUAUUAUUUAGUGCACUCUCAGCUUAAUUAUACACCAAGAAAGCGUAUGGUCUUUUCCUGCCUUUUAUUCCCGCUCUUACCGUAUUUUCCGCACUAUAAGGCGCACCGGAUUAUAAGGCGCACCUUCAAUGAAUGGCCUAUUUUAAAACUUUGUUCAUAUAUAAGGCGCACCGCAUUAUAAGGCGCAUAGAAUAGACACUACAGUAGAGGCUGGGGUUACGUUAUGCAUCCCGUAGUUGCGAGACCUGUUGUGGCUCAAUAUUGGUCCAUAUAUAAGGCGCACCGGAUUAUAAGGCGCACUGUCAGCUUUUGAGAAAAUUGGAGGUUUUUAGGUGCGCCUUAUAGUGCGGAAAAUACGGUACUUCUUCCGCUUCCCAGUGUCCAACACACAACACAUUGUCCUGUGACCCGAGUAACUAAUACACGACAUAGUGUACACAAGUUUUAAUUGGCCCAUCAUUUUAGCUGCAUAUUUAAAUGUUAUAAUGAAUUCAUCAUUGGAAAUAAAAUGUUCUUUGACGCCUACAAUGCAAUGCUAAUAUUUAGCAGAUAGCUUAGCGUGCCAAGGCCGGGACUAGGUGAAAAUUUGCCAAUGAUACUCGAACUUGCUUUAUAAAUAAUAUAUUUUUAUUUAAAUAAAGCAUUUUUUCUCCUCUGUUGACAGCAGUGUUGGCGCUAGGAAUUUUCAUAAAUGGGGUCCCAGGGACCCCAUCAAGUCAUAAAAAUGGGGUCCCACAGUAAAUUUUUGGGGCCCCACUUUUUUGUAAGUGUUUUGAAAAAAAAAAAGAUAAACGUAUGCUGUUAUAUCUCACAUUCUAUAUUGUGUUUUGGAAAAAGGUUGUCAUAAA